ACAAGGUUUUGCAUGAAAUUUAUGUGGGGUUUGGACCCUCUAUAAAUAUAAAGAGAUUCUUCACUCAACUCCAUGUAGGUGUUAAGUUUUUGAUUAUAUUAUACCCUUCUAUUUUACCUCAUAACUUUAGUUUAGAACAUCUAUGGCUCACUCAUUUCGAGUUCUUGAUCCCAUUCUCAUCCUUUCUCUUCUGCUUUCAAUCAUCAACUCAGGUGGAAUCCUAAACCUUGCAAAUGCACAAGCACCAGGACAGGGAUCUUGGUGCAUUGCAAGACCCUCAGCUUCAGAUGAGGAACUUCAAAGGAAUAUUCAUUAUGUCUGUAAUGAACAGAAAAUGGAUUGUUCUUUAAUUUAUGAUGGUGGAUCUUGUUGUAACCCUGAUACUUUCAUGAACCAUGCAUCAGUGGCCAUGAACAUUUAUUAUCAGAAUUCAGGGAGAAAUUAUUGGAAUUGUGACUUUGGCAAAACUGGCGUUAUUGUUGUUACUGACCCAAGCUAUGAUAAUUGCAAAUUUGAAUUUUGUCAGUAGAUAUUGAAACUGAAGCAGCAUGGAAUAUUUUUCGUGAUACGAUCUGAAGAAACAAUCAGUCAAUGUAUCAUUUAUUUA